UUCAAUCAGUGGUUCAAUUGUAAAGUUGGUUACGGUUGGAAAGAUAAAGAUGAGACAUUUUAUCAAAUGUUUUCAACUACCUUGUUAGAUUUGUUAGACAACUAAAAAAAUGUCAAGAAGCGAAGCUGGUUUAUCUCGACGUUCCUAUUCAGGCGUUAGUUUGUUUUCAAACACAUCAAGAUCGCUAUUUCACAGGACCCAUUUCAAAAAGUCAAGCACCAGUUUUAUCAAUGAGCAAUUCCAAACCCAAUGUGUCCAAUACAAGCAAGAAUCCGUUUAGAGUGCCACUGGAUAAUGACAUAUUUACUUUACGUGAAUAUGAACGUGAAACAAGGCAAAAGCAACGUAAAGAGCAGCAGAAGCUUAAGGUACACGAGAAGACAACAUAUGUUUCUCGUGUCAAUGCCAGGACAGCAGAGAUGAGGAACAUAGUGGAAAAUAUUCUAAGCGAUGAUGAAGAUGUUAACACUAAGGAAGACGAUGGUAUUGUUGAAGAUGAUCCACAAUUUACCCUUGCCAUCACAAAAGAUCGCAAUGUUGAAAAAGAAAAUCUCUCUAAUUUUAUUGCCAAGAAACGAGAAAUGUUUUUAGUUCAGUAUGCUCUCGGAGUGAAACGAGAUGAAAUGAGGAAAUUGGAAGAGAUUGCUCAGGCUGAAGAAAAAAAACUGGAAAUAGCUGAGCAAUAUCUCGAAGAGGAUGCUCAAAUGUUUGAUGAAUUUCUCAAAGAAAAUGAUAAAAAUGCUGUGGAUGCCAUCAAAAUAGCUGAAAAUGAAACCAAGGCGAAACUGGAGAAAGUGUCUGACAUUAAAAAAAUUAAUGCCCAAAUGAUGGCAAUUAAAAGUGAAAUUUCAAAGUAUGAAGACACAUUAAAGGAUUACUUGUUAUACAAACAUUUUUUGGACUCACUGACUCCUCCUGAAUUCAAUGAAAAACUCAAACUAAAAAGAGCUGUGAAGCAAAAAAGCACUCAAGAACUUCAAACAAAACCAAGCACUUUUUUAGACAAAGGAUCUAUAGUAGAAAAGAAACAGAGCAAACAAAACAGGAAAGAUAGUAAAGUUCAGAUAAAGCCCAUCCCUUCAUCCAUCACAAGUAAAGGUUAUUCUCAGGUGGAGAGUGUCUCUGAGCAUUCACUGUCACCAACUUCACAUCAGUUUUUGUUGGGAGAUAGCAGUGACGAGGAACCAGAACUAUACUUCACAGACCCACAACAGUUGCUAGACAUCUUUACUGAACUGGAAGAACAGAAUCUUUCAUUGAUUCAAAACAGCCAAGAAACAGAGGAAGCUUUAGAAGAACUCAAGCAGACUACAGAACAAACCAAACAAAAAAUGGGAAAAGAAACAGAAGUUUUAAAACAACAAAUAUCACUGUUAAAAGAUGCAAUUCAAAAUGAGCAAGAAAAAUGUGCUGACUUGGAAAUGAAAUCAAAAAUGUUUUCAUAUGGUGAAUUUAAGGCAGAAGACCAAGAGAAAAUGUUGAAAGCACUGAACAAGAAAGUUGAAGAAGUGUAUAGGAACACAAUAGGUGACAAUGAAGCCAAUAUAAGUACUUUACAAAUGCUGACAAACAUUGAAAAUCGCCUUGAAGAAUUGUUUGAGCAGAUAGAAAUGAUGCCCCCAGAAAAAGUUGAGAUGGCUGAGAAGGCAAAAGAAAAGGAACGACGCCUAAGACUGCGAGAAGAAAAACUUGAGGCUCAAAGAUUGCAUCAAGAAGAAAGAGUUAAAAAGGCGUUAGAAAGAGCAAGAGCUGAGCCAAAGAAAAAGACUGGACGAAAACUAAUGUUCCGUUCUCAACCACCACAAACACGAAAGAAAGAAAAAGAUUUUGAAAAUAAGCAAUCCAAGGAAGAAGAAGAAUUGCAAUAUUUCUUUACUUAAACUGUAUUAUGGAAUUUAUGAAAUAUUUUCUAUCUUAUCUUCUAUUGUUGCAAAAAAAUGUCAUAAAUUUUUUUAUGUAAAACAAUGAUACAUAAUCUUUAAUACUUCUCUAAAUAGUUGAAAAACCAUAAAGAAAUUUGUUUGACUAACAGUA